AGGGGAGGCACCUUAUGAAGAUAAGGUUGGCCAUGCUUGUCCUUAACUCUACUUCCUCAGCAUUUCAAUUCCAACGUGACCCGGAAGUUCGAUUCAACGAUGCAGCUCAAUUUGCCUCCAAGGCUGCUGCGAAUUAUCAUCGGAUGCAUUAUCACUAGCGUUAUCUUGGUCGUGAGCAUUGCAUUGUUAAUCCCUUCGCGUCAUUUUGAUCCCGCCAACCCGCCGUCCUCAAAUUCGGAAAGCAAGACAUGGUUCCCGCUGCUACAGCAGAAGCCUUCAUGGACCACCGAACAACUUGAGCCAAAAUUUGCGUAUGCGCAGUAUGCAACAAACCUCGAUUACUUAUGCAAUGCAGUACGAGCUAUCACAGAAUAGGCAUGAAGGCUGAGCUCAUUCUGAUUUUAGAUUAUCAACUUUUCUCUUCUCCGCAUGUACGGAGCUAGCCAUGACUUGGUCUUGAUCUUCCCGAAAGAUUGGUCUGAAGGGACAUCCGAACAAGCAAAGGCCAUUGAUAAUAUUCGCAGCAAGCAUCCUCACAUUCAUCUACGGCCCAUGGACGUGAUUUCAACCUCGAAGGGCGACGCAACUUGGCGAGAUAGCCUCACAAAGUUUCAGUCAUUCUCGCUUACUGAGUGGACCCGCAUUCUUGCCUUCGACUCCGACUCUCUGGUCUUAAACACCAUGGACCACUACUUUCUCAGCCCCAUGGCCCCCCUCGCCGUGCCGCGAGCGUACUGGCUUAAUGAAAAAGACACCGAUAUCGCCAAACAGGUCCUCGGCUCCCACGUAAUGCUCCUUGAGCCGAGCAAAGCCCGCUAUGACAAAAUCAUCAAAGAGGCGUUGCAAUCCGGUGAAUUCGACAUGGAGGUUAUUAACCAUAUGUUCCGGGACUCAGCCAUGAUUCUUCCGCAUCGACGUCUCGCGCUACUCACGGGCGAGUUUCGUGCAAAGAAUCACUCCCAGUACUUGGCGCCUGAUGAAGACGAGGAGUGGAAUGCCAUGGCUGAGGUAUCGAGGGCAUCUCUUGUACACUUUAGCGACUGGCCAUUGCCGAAGCCAUGGAAACAUCGCACAGCGAAGCAGUGGAGCGAUGCGCUUCCUGACUGCCCAAAGAAUGAACCUAGCAGGGAUGACAGGCCUAAAUGCGCUGAUCGAGUUAUGUGGACUGGAUUCUAUGAGGAUUAUGAUCGUUUGAAGGAUCAGGAAUGUGGAAUCCUGCAUGAGCACGAAAACCACUAGAAAGAGACUCAGGGCAGUAUUUGCUAGAUAUUAUAGAGGAUAUAGGCAUCGCUAUAGCAUAUAGUUAUCUCUCAAAAUGCUAUCGUGCGCCUUCCAGGAAUUUAAUAACUGCAGCACGAGCCCUGAUUGAC